UGGCAGCAACGCCUGCGCAGUAUAACCGGGAUGGCGCAUUUUCUUGCACCGAGUAAUGCGGCGUCGCUGGCAGCUGAGGAAGGCGGAGAGUUCUGUGGAGAAAUAGGGGCCGGGAUUCAUGUAGCCAACCGCAGGAGGCUUGAUCUAGACUAUAAAAGCAGGAGGCUGAUGCUAAGUACUCCCGGCCCGGCAGUGUGAAAGUCGUGAGAUCAUCGUUGAACCGUCAGCUUUGAAGUUUAAAAACAAUGGAGAAGACUCAAGAAACAAUCGAAAAAGUUCUUCUAGAACCCUACAAAUACUUACUUCAGUUACCAGGCAUCAUUCCUGGUGAAGCUCAGAGACUGUUUUGGUUACUAGGGUUCGAACUCUACCGUGUGCAAGGUAAACAAGUGAGAACCAAACUUUCACAGGCAUUUAAUCAUUGGCUAAAGGUUCCUGAAGACAAACUACAGAUUAUCAUUGAAGUGACGGAAAUGUUGCAUAAUGCCAGUUUACUUAUUGAUGAUAUUGAAGACAACUCAAAACUUCGGCGUGGCUUUCCAGUGGCACAUAGCAUCUAUGGAAUUCCAUCUGUCAUCAAUUCUGCAAAUUAUGUGUACUUUCUUGGCCUAGAGAAAGUCUUAACUCUUGAUCACCCACAUGCAGUCAAAAUUUUUACACGUCAACUUUUGGAACUUCAUAAGGGACAAGGCCUAGAUAUUUAUUGGAGGGAUAAUUACAUUUGUCCUACUGAAGAAGAAUAUAAAACUAUGGUGCUACAAAAGACAGGUGGACUAUUUGGAUUAGCAGUAGGUCUCAUGCAGUUGUUCUCUGAGUUCAAAGAAGAUUUAAAGCCUCUACUUGAUACACUUGGCCUCUUUUUCCAAAUUAGGGAUGAUUAUGCUAAUCUACACUCCAAAGAAUAUAGUGAAAACAAAAGCUUUUGUGAAGAUCUAACAGAGGGAAAAUUCUCAUUCCCUACUAUUCAUGCUAUUUGGUCAAGACCUGAAAGCACCCAGGUACAGAAUAUUUUGCGCCAGAGAACUGAAAACAUAGAUAUUAAAAAAUACUGUGUACAUUAUCUUAAGGACGUAGGUUCUUUUGAAUAUACUCGGAAUACUCUUAAAGAACUUGAAUCUAAAGCCUAUAAACAAAUAGAUGCAUUUGGUGGAAACCCUGAGCUAGUAGCUCUAGUAAGCCACUUAAGUAAAAUGUUCAAAGAAGACGAUGAGUGAUUCUCAAUUAGGCUUGAUAGCUUAAAUUAAUUGUUUCUUUUUUAAUCAUCUUUGAAAAUUUUUUAGGGUUUUAAUCUCCAGAAUCAGAGUGAAUAAGGGCAAUGUGAGAGAUGGUUCCAAUUUAGAAUCCUACUAUACAGAUAAUCAUGUAACAAAGUUGAAAGAAUCAAAAGAAACCACACUUAAAUAGAUCUAAUUUCAGUUUUCUAAUGUGCUUUGUUGGGGUUGUCCAGCCAGCUCUGCCACAAAUUGGUCUAUUGAUUCUGUCAAUAAAGACUUCCAGGAAUUUUUAUCCAGAUAACAUCCAGUUUUCAGUUCAUUUGCCCCCGUUCCAAGCCAGUGACUACUUGGAACCAGUUUCCACAGUUCCCUGACCCAAAGACCACAGGACAUUCUCUUUCUUCCUAAUAUUGCUAUUUAAAACGUCUCAGUCUACCCUUGAAACUUUCUCACUUAAAUAGUCCAUCAAAAAGCUGAGAGUGAUAAGUAGUAAACACUCUGGACCUUAUCCCCUUUUAUCCUUCCCAACAAAGCAAGUUCUUUUUUUGAAAGAGUGGCUGUGAAAUUUACAGGCAAAAAGAGGUAAUACAGUGGGUAAGGCACUUGCCUUACACACACCUGACCCAUAUCGUCUCUAGGGAACACUGCCAAGAGUAAUUCCUGACUGGGGCUGGAGCAAUAGCACAGCAGGUAGGGCGUUUGCCUUGCACUCGGCCGACCCGGGUUCGAGUCCCAGCAUCCCGUAUGGUCCCUGAGCACCACCAGGAGUAAUUCCUGAGUGCAUGAGCCAGGAGUAACCCCUGUGCAUCACUGGGUGUGACCCAAAAAGCAAAAAGAGUAAUUCCUGACUACAGAGCCAGGAGUCACCCUUGAAAGGGGUAUAACCCAAAACUGAAAGGGGAGAAAAAACUUAACACAAAAACUGAGGGUUUUUUGUUUUUUUUUCCCUAAAAUCACUAUAUCCAAAACUGGUUGAUGCCUGGUUAGAGCAGUAUAUUUCCCAUUAUGGAAGGGGGGGUGGGGAGGAAGCUAUAAAGUAUCAGGAUGGCACUUUUCAAUUCUUUUAUAGUUUCCUCUCAAUAGUAAUAAGCUGUUGCUUACUUCAGAUACCAAAGCUGUAAGAUUUUAGGUAGACCCUUUACCUUCCUACCCACAUCACAAAUCUUCACCACCCUCAUCCCCAACCCAAAAUAAUUGGUGACAAUAGAAAGGGAAAGAAUAGGCAUCUUUAAUAUCUGUGGUUAAUAGAAAAGCAGUGGGGCUAGAGCAAUAGCACAGCGGGUAGGGCAUUUGCCUUGCAUGCAGCCAACCUGGGUUCAAAUUCCCAGCAUUUCAUAUGGUCCCCUGAGCACCACCAGGGGUAAUUCCUGAGUUCAGAGCCAGGAGUGACCCCUGUGCAUUGCUGGGUGUGACCCAAAAAGCAAAAAAAAAAAAAAAGCAGUAACUUGAGAACUGGCACCCAACUGAACAUUAGCCAAAGCUACAAUAUCAGGCACUAAUUAGUUAUACAAUGCCUUAAUGCUGACUAUCCCAUUCGUGUAAUCUCCAGCCCUAAGCCCCUUAGAAUCGUCUUACCCAAGCGUAGGGGGAAAAAUAUGACCCUGAUUCCUGUAUUAGAAGUUUAAGCAACUUAAAAAUUUAUAUUUCUGAAAAGUGUAUUUCUCAAAAGUACUUCUUGGUUGACUUUAUAAUGUAAUUAUUCAGAUGUAAUACUUUGAUGAGUUUUCAUCUAAGCACUCCACUUAAAUCUUGAGAAGUUGAUGAUAAUGUUUAAAACAAUUUUGAUCUCCCAUUUCAAUUUAUUAAACUUUAAAAUCGUGAGUGUUA